CCAGGAAACGCUGUAACCACUAGGACGAGCUAGUACUGAAAGAUUUUGUGAGUUGAGCAUCUCUCCGAGAUGGGUGAGGAAAUUUCGCCCCAGGCCGAAGACGUGGCAGAGCUGGAACUUGAGGCUGUGAUUGGCUUCAAUGGACAUGUUCCCAAUGGUCUCAAAUGCCAUCCUGACCAGGAACAUCUGCUUUAUCCCCUGGGCUGUACCGUACUCAUUCAGGCAAUAAAUACUCCAGAGCAGAAUUUCCUGCACGGUCACAGUAAUAACGUCUCCUGUUUGACCAUCUCCAAGAGUGGAGAUUACAUUGCCUCGGGUCAGGUCACCUUCAUGGGGUUCAAGGCAGACAUCAUCUUGUGGGAUUAUAAGAAAAGGGAGCUGCUUGCUCGGCUGUCCCUUCACAAGGGCAAAAUUGAAGCUCUGGCCUUUUCUCCAAAUGAUUUGUACUUGGUGUCACUAGGAGGCCCAGAUGAUGGAAGCGUGGUGGUGUGGAACAUUGCCAAGCGAGAUGCUAUCUGUGGCAGCCCUGCCGCUGGCCUGAACGUGGGAAAUGCCACCAGCCUGGUCUUCUCGCGGUGCCGGGAUGAGAUCUUUGUCACUGCUGGAAAUGGGACGAUUCGAGUGUGGGAACUCGACCUCCCGAACAGAAAGAUCUGGCCGACCGAGUGCCAGACGGGACAGAUGAAAAGAAUAGUCCUGAGUGUUGCAAUGGCUGAGGAUGACGGCUUUUUCUACCUUGGCACCACGACUGGAGAUAUUCUAAAAAUGAACCCCAGGACUAAGCUGCUGGCGGACACUGGGCCUGUGAAAGACAAGUACAGUUUGGGCGUAUCGGCCAUCAGGUCCCUGAAGAUGGGGGGUUUGCUGGUGGGCUCUGGAGCUGGACUUCUGGUCUUUUGUAAAAGCCCCAGCUACAAACCUGCUAAAAAAAUUCAGUUGCAAGGCGGCAUCACUUCUAUCACGCUUCGAGGAGAAGGACACCAGUUUUUUGUCGGAACAGAAGAAUCACACAUUUACCGUGUCAACUUCACGGACUUCAAAGAGACUCUCAUUGCGACGUGUCACUUUGAAGCUGUCCAGGACGUCGUCUUUCCGUUUGGUACCUCUGAGCUGUUUGCCACCUGCGCCAAGAAGGACAUCAGAGUGUGGCACACGAUGUCCAACAGGGAGCUGCUGCGCAUCACCGUGCCCAACAUAACCUGCCACGCCAUCGACUUCAUGAGGGACGGCAAGAGCAUCAUCUCAGCGUGGAACGAUGGCAAGAUCCGGGCCUUCGCCCCCGAGACGGGCCGCCUGCUGUACGCCAUUAGCAGUGCCCACAGGAUCGGAGUGACCGCCGUCGCCACCACCAGUGACUGUAAAAGGGUCAUCAGCGGUGGCGGGGAAGGGGAGGUGAGGGUGUGGCAGAUCGGCUGCCAGACCCAGAAGCUGGAGGAGGCCCUGAAGGAGCACAAGUCCUCCGUGUCCUGCAUUCGGGUGAAGAAGAACAACGAGGAGUGUGUCACGGCCAGCACGGAUGGCACCUGCAUCAUCUGGGACCUUGUGCGUCUUAAGAGGAAUCAGAUGAUCCUGGCCAACACCUUAUUCCAGUGUGUUUGUUACCACCCUGAAGAGUUCCAGAUCAUCACUAGUGGGACGGACAGAAAGAUUGCUUACUGGGAAGUAUUUGAUGGGACAGUUAUCCGAGAGCUGGAAGGUGCCUUGUCUGGGUCAAUAAACGGUAUGGAUAUCACACAGGAAGGAGCGCACUUUGUCACAGGUGGACGUGACCAUCUGGUCAAAGUCUGGGACUACAACGAAGGGGAAGUGACUCACGUUGGGAUGGGUCACAGCGGCAGCAUCACUCGCGUCCGGAUAAGUCCGGGGAAUAAGCACAUUGUGAGCGUGAGCGCCGAUGGGGCCAUUCUGCGGUGGAAGUACCCGUUUGCCUCCUGACGCUGCUGGACCCCAGCUGUCCCUUCCCUGUGUGCAGCCCUGAGCGCUGGAUCUGGACAGUCCAGCGCUAGUCUUGAUUUCUCACCUCUCAGUUUUUGCUCUUCACUCAAAACGUUUUCUCCUUUCUAGAAUGCAUCUUGCAUUCCUAACUAUACCUUUAAAAAAGGUACAUUAAACAAAAAAAUCUGUACCUUAAACUUGAAAUACGUUCAAGAACACUUUGUGCAGACCGUGAUUUUAAGUUUUUAUUAUGAAUAAAUUUCCCAGUUGUUAACGUCCUGUUAUCAUCUCUUUUUUUUUUGUGAUUCUGUGAAACCCACAGACUUCCUGCAUGAUAUAUCCACAGGUACAGUAUUGUUAUCUUCCAAAAAUAAAGCAAAGUGAAAUUCC